AUGAAGGUAGCGUGCGUAAUCGUGAGCGCGUUGGUAGCGGCUGCUGCCGCGGCCACCGAACCGAAGACUAGGCCAAGAAUGCAGGCAAUCAGCAUCGAGGCUGAUGAGAAUGACUUGAAUGCUGGCAACGAAUCAAAGGGCGGUGACGUCCCAAAGGGCUUCUGCGAUGAUGUGCAUUCCGUGGCUGGAUACUUCGGCGCUGGUGGUGACAUGAAGUACUUCUACUGGGCCUUUGAGUCUCGAAAUGAUCCGGACAACGAUCCACUAAUCCUCUGGCUGACAGGCGGACCCGGAUGUUCCAGUCAGCUCGCUCUUUUGAAGGAGAAUGGACCUUGCCAUCUGCGAGAUGACGAUCAUCUUAAGACGUACCCCAAUCCCUACGGAUGGAACAAGCAAGCCAGCAUCAUCUAUAUCGAUCAGCCUGCUGGCGUAGGCUUCUCCACUGGUAGCCUAACUGACACUGGCGAAUGGGACACAGCCCCGCAAAUGUAUCGCUUCUUGGAGGCGUUCUUCAAAGCCAACCCGCAUCUUCAGAAGAACAAAUUCUAUCUCUUCGGUGAAAGUUACGGUGGUCACUAUGUCCCCGCCAUGGCUGCCCGUAUUCAGGUGAAUAACAAGGCCAAGAAGGACGGCGACGUCAAGAUCAAUCUAAGAGGUGUUGGUAUUGGAAACGGUUUGACUAACCCUGCUAUUCAGUACGCCCAGUACCCCGAGUACGCGCUGAAGAACAAGUAUCACCCAGUGGUUGGCAAGAUGGGCUACUACGCGAUGGAAGGUGCCGUCGACGGCUGCGUGAAUCUGAUCAACAAGUGCAGCGCUGGUUCUAAGCUCGCCUGUCCGGCUGCGAUGGAGUUCUGCAACAUGGCUUUCAUGGUUCCUCUCAAGUUGCAAGGUCUCAAUCAAUACGACGUGCGCGAACAAUGUGAGCAUCCCCCGCUCUGCUAUGACUUCGCGCCUGUGUCGGACUUCCUUAACGAUGCCAACACCAGAAAGACGUUGCACGUGCAGGGUGACGAGGAAUGGCAGAGUUGCAAUAUGCUGGUGAAUCUGCAUUUCAUCACUGAUUUCAUGCGUGAUCUCUCGCCGAACGUUACAAUGCUUCUGGAAGAUGAUCUUGAUGUCUUGAUCUAUGCUGGCGAAGCGGAUUACAUCUGCAACUGGAUGGGCAACCGAGAAUGGACCUUGGCGCUCCCAUGGUCUGGUCACGAUGGCUUCAAUGCGGCUGAGGUCAAAGACUGGAAAGUGAACGGAAAAGUGUCUGGUACAGUCCGCAAGUACAGGAACUUUAUGUUCAAGACCAUUGCUGACGCCGGCCACAUGGUUCCCUUGGAUCAACCCGAGGCAGCCCAGGUCAUGCUGGACGAGUUCUUGAAUGGUGAUGCGCAGUAGAAUUUCAGUUGAACGUGCUCAUGACGAAACAUGUGCUGCGCGGGUUUGGGCCUUUCUGUCGCCUUUCGAGUUCAAAGAAGUGAUGAGUGAGAUCACUAUACAACCGCGACCUGUUAAUUAAUUUGGAUAUAAGCUACUAGCAAUAAAACUAAACAGCACCUUGCAUAAAGCAUGUUGCCAUUUAUGGUCUGAAUCACGC